UAAUGUUUGCAGGAACUUGAUUAUCGCCGCUGAUGCUCCACCCGCAAAGUCCACUUCACUCUCGUCUAUUCUUCCUUCGUCUCAGUUCGUGUUUCUCUUAGUCGGUAAAUCUGGUGAAGGUGGCAGAGAAAAUUGCAGGAACUGAUGGACGACCCCGAGGGUCACCCGGAGGCGAUUGUCGUCAAGGACCUGGAAUUUUCCUACGGCAGCAGCCGAUGUGCCAGGCUCAAGUGGCUGGGCAAGUGCUGUCGGGAGCCCUUCAAAGUGCUCCGCAGCAUUGACCUCACUGUCAAACGGGCUUCCAUAUACGGACUGCUCGGCCCCAGUGGCACCGGCAAGACGACCCUGCUCGAGUGCAUCCUGGGCAUGCUGCAUUGCCAGGCCGGGUCCGUGCGGGUGUUUGGCCACAAGCCCGGCACCCGCAUUUCCGGCCUGCCUGGCCCUGCCUGUGGCUACAUGCCGCAAGACAUCUCGCUGGUGGCCGAGCUCACCACCUACGAGACCCUGCUCUACUAUGGCCUCAUCCAGGGCAUGGCCCUGUCCCGCAUCCGGGAACGCAUCUCCUUCCUGGCUGACCUCCUGCGACUGCCCACGGGCCGCGAGAGCAUCACGACCACAGUCCACGUCAUGAGUGCUGGUCAGCAGCGGCGGUUGUCCCUGGCGUCGGCGCUGAUCCACGAGCCCGAGUUGCUCAUCCUGGACGAGCCGACGGUCGGAGUGGACCCGACUUUGCGGCUAGAGAUCUGGAAAUACUUGCGGAAGCUGGUCAACGACGAGGGCUCGUCCAUCAUUGUGACAACACACUAUGUGGAGGAGUGUCGUCUCGCGGACACGAUCGGCAUGAUGAAGAGCGGGUUCAUGAUCGCACAAGCGUCGCCGGCAGAGCUGAUGAGAGCGCAGGAAACCGACGACUUGGAGGCCAUCUUUGUCCGCCUCUUUCGGCGACAUAACGUCAGUGUGGAUCAGGUGCCGAACUUGCCCGAGUCGUCCAGCACUACGCAGCUGCAGUCGCCGACAACAAGUAGUGAGGAGGUGCGUCAGCGAGCAGCAGCAGGAGAGAGAUCAUCGGCAGGAGCAGAUCCCGUCGCCAUGAGAAAGGCGUCGUCGCAUGUGGACGAAUUCGACUUCGAUGAUGAGGAUGAAGCCAAGGGCUCGAAGAGGUACAAGCGGCGCUUCAUUCCCAGGGCGGCGCCCAGGUUCCUGCCCUCGGGCAUCCACCUCUUGGCGCUCAUGGUCCGCAACAUGGUCGUGCUCUUGCGCACCCCGUCGAUCUACGUGUUCCAGCUCCUGUUCGUGGCACUGCAAGUGGCCCUGUUCUGCCUCACGAUCGGAUCCGGGCCGAACAAGGAGAACAGACCGGUGGUCGCCGUCGCCGGCGCCCCCGCCAGCAUGUGUCACGCCCCGCUGAGCAGCCGCCCUCAGUGCGCCCUGCUCCUGCAAGAGUCCUGCGUCUCCAAGAAGGACGCCGACCGCCACUUCAAAGACUUCCGCGUGGAGCGAUGGAACGUGACGACGGCGGCCGAGGUGGAGCGGAAGCUCAAGUCGGGCGACGCCUGGGCCGCCUUGCUGUACUCGAACGGGUUUGAGGCCCUGCUCAAGUCCUCGGUGGUGGCCGAGGCAGCAGGACGGGCCCAGUUUCAAAGACUGGCAGAGGGAGCUGGCCCAGACACGGUGCACACCCAGCUCAAGGGCGCCGUGACCCAGGCCGGAAUCCCGCUCAAGCUUGCUGGUGGCGUCCCGGCCCAGCUCUAUAUGGAUGGCUCAGUUCCAUUUAGUGCCAUCUUCGCCAUGACUGAACUCAAAACCGGGCUGGAAACGUGUCUCCGAGGACCGGCUAAAAAAUCAGCUUUGAGAAUCGCCGAUUCGCCACCUGUGCCCUAUCAGUUCAACCCGAAAUUUGGCAGUGAUGCCGGGUCCACGCUCGACUUCUUGGCUCCGACUGUGAUCGCCCUGGUGCCCUUCUACAUGUCGUCUACGCUGACCAGUUCUCAGAUCGUGCAGGACAAGAUCACUGGGGUUCUCUAUAGAUCCAUUGCAUCUGGAGUGCGAGCAUCGUCCAUCAUCCUGAGCCAGGUGAUGACGAGUUUCCUGCUGGGUGCCGUGCAGGCCGUGCUCGCAGUCGUGCUCGUGCUCUUUGCCUUUGACGUGACCAACAGGGGCUCUGUGGCUGUGGUCCUGCUCGUCGGGGUGCUCAACUCCAUCUUGGGCAUCGUCACAGGUAUAUAUACUCAUCAUCAUCAUCAUCAUCAGAUCUCGCAUCCCGUCGUUGGGCGUCAGUAUAUA